UAAAUGUAAUAAAAGCUAGCAGUGUAAACAGAAGACAUAAGAGUUGUGAAAAGACUUCAGAAAUUAGAAAUAGUCACUCUCAUCAUGUAAUGUGUAGUAUUUGUAAAUAACCAGCAGGGGGGACACUUCACCUGAUUUAAUAGGAAACUGAAUCACAGCCACAGGUAGGCUUCCCAACCGCGCCUCUGCUGGUCAAUCUAGGGCUUGAACCUAAAAUGGCCCCCUAUUGGACAUAGAGUGUGCUACGCAGGCUACAGAAGCCGUUAUUUCAUACCCUACGUAGGUCCCCUAUAUAGGGAGUAUCAAGGAAUUUAGGAUUCAGCCCAGGUUGUCUCCUGUAAUCCAAAAGGAGGUUUGGCAACAAGUAGUUUGACUUUCAUUGGGCUGCUAACCAACGAGUUCUUUUUUAUUUGCAGCGAUUAUUUUUAAUCAUUUUUGUGCAAUAUUCACUGGAUAUACGUUUAGGAAAAAUGAGUACAUUUAUCUGUAUGGGUAAUAUUCGGUGUUUUACCUUAUAGUUGAUUAGAAAUAACGCGAAAUAACCCGGCGUUAGCUUGGAAACCUCCAACCGGCUGCAUUAAUACUUUAGGGUAGUUUUGUUUGUGGAUUUUAUUUAACGGUUAAAUGUCUCUUUGAAGAGUUUUGUAAAUUCAGUAUAAAUCAACACUGCUGUUUUAAUCAGGUUUGGUUACAAUUUAAUGGGUUAAAGUUUUGCGUUAUUUUAUUGUAAUUAAUCGGCGUGUCCGAGCUAACAGGCUAGCUGCGUUCUGGUUGGCGAGUAAAAAAAAAAAACAAGUGGCAUUAGAAAAAGUUUAUAGUAGAGCGAUGUUUUUGUUUACAUGGUGUCCGGGCCGAAAGAAGAAGAGUUACUAAAACAGGCUGGAAAUGCGGGCUGUUUUUAAAGCACUACCUCGUCGGGAGAAUUAAAAAAAAAAAGGAGAGAGAGAAAAGCCUCUGCGCUCCAGCAUCAACAUGCUCCACUUACAGCGACAAAGUCAACAUGUCGGCGUUUAAACCUCGUUUUUAGAGACUUUCCGGAGCUUUAGCAGGUGCUGGUAGAGCUGUAAUCCUGAAGAAAGGGUUUAAAGGAAGUUCGUCCCUUAUUUUUUAAACCAGGGAUAAAUUUAGCCAAUUAAGUCCGCCGUAUUUAAGGACACGAGGAGCUGUGUGUGUGAGAGAGAAAUGGACGCUGUGGAUCAUCAUGUGGGCCGGGAGUCGGGAUUGAGUGUGCGGGAUGAUGGACUGCUCUCUGACUCGGACAGGACUGGAGAUCAGAAUGGACACUGUGGGUUAGUGUGUGUGUCUCUGUAUGGAGGAGCUCCGUGGGGGUUCACUCUGAGAGGAGGACGAGAACACCGAGAACCGCUCAUCAUCACCAAGGUUGAAGAAGGCAGCAAGGCGGCGGCCGUGAGGCUGCAGGUAGGAGACGAGCUCGUAAACAUCAACGAGUUUCCCCUGAGUGGCUACAGACAGGAGGCCAUCUGCUUAGUCAAGGGCUCCCACAAGACUCUUACUCUGGUGGUGAAAAGGAAAAAUGAACCCAUGAGCAGGCCUCACUCCUGGCAUUCUACCAAAUUCAAUGAGAACCAAUCAAACACUGCCAAAACACAGUCCACACCCUCACCAGUCUGGCAAACAAGAUAUGAUGCAAGUUCAUUCUCCUCUGACCUCGCUACUGGUUGGGACCAGCCUAAUUUGCGCAGAGUAUCGGACCAGUUCAGCUCCUUGGGCAGCAUGGAUAGUUUAGAACACGGCUCUUGCCCCUAUCCACCUGGACGCCUGUCUCCGAGCAAAUCUAACGGCAACAGUGUUGAACAUUUAGUGGGCGGAAAAAGAGAUUCUGCCUAUAGCUCAUUUUCAACCAGCUCAGGGACGCCUGAUUAUACGCUGUCCAGAAGCAACGCAGCUUCUACAGAGAAUAUGUUGUAUAAAAUUAACCAGUGGGACUCGGGAAGUCGGCCUGGCAACGGCAGACCCAGUCACAGCCUAAGUGAAGGGGCCCGACAGGAGGACAGAAUUGGUUAUCUACAGCCACCUUCAGUAAGCACUGGCCGAGAAAGCCCAAGAAUAGAGGAGCAGCCAGGCUACCGGCAUUCUACUUCUGGAAGGUCCAGCAUUGCGCCUGUUUGGCAUGUUCCUGAUAUGAAGAAGGCCAUGGCACCAUCACCUCCACCUCCUGCACCACCAACACGCAGUGAUAGUUUUGCUGUGACCAAGAUUCAUGAAAAGGGUUUGGUCUCCAGUUACCCUGAGAAUCCUGGGAUUCCUACCCAGUCAAAGAUCCAGGGCAAAGGAUUAAAGACUACACCAGAGAUGUCUGAAAGUAAUCAAAGGAUUUACCAUGCAACCGAGUCAGGCCUUGAAACGAGCCAAAACUACAACCCGCAACUUAAAAGUGGCACGAUUAAUCCAUAUGUUGCAGGUGACUACAGUCAACAAACUGCUAUUCCAAACUCAAAUAAGAAAUACUCACCAUCCAGCACUGAUCCGUCCUACACUCGCUUAGCCUACCAUCAACGUCAGUACAGUGAAGAGAGCACUUUUCAUGCGCCGCCCAGAACCCCAUCUACAGGCAAGUCUCAGAGUUGCUAUAGCAGCAUGCAAGAGUUACCCACCAACAACCAUGCUCCACACUAUAGCCAGAACCAGAUCAGAAGGCAUGUUGCAUCGCUGUCCAGCACUACUAUUGACCAAAACCCUGACAGUCAAAGCUCCAACAGGUAUUACUGUGUCACAUCUCGACAAUCCUCUCAGGGAGGAUCCCAGGCCUCUUUAUUGCGGGUGGAGGACAGGAAUGCUAAUUCUCUGAUGGAAAUCGCCCAAAGUGGAGGUGAUAGAACUUCCAUAAGCUCUCAAGGACAGCUCAAGGACAGGUUCACCGCAUCUCAGGUACUACAGCACCCAAAUAACCAAGACGGCAAUGGAUAUUAUAGACAGGUUGACAGCCAGCAUCGGGUGUACGCGGCAGUUAAUAGGUCUUCUUUUGAUGAUGCAGCAACUAAAGCGUCGGAGGGAAGAGGACUCCAGAAGCAAAACACCGUAACAAACUCAGAGAGCCAUUUCAUCAAGCACAGCCAGCAGGGGAAGAUCAUUGAAUCUUACAGAUUGGGAGAAUCCUCCAAAGAAGAUUUACCGUCUAAAAGUGAGACUACAGUAUGCCCCAUGAAAACCCCUAUGCUGCACUCUCUAUCACAUGACAGCAGUAGGUUGGUUGACGUAGAAAGUGAAGUGGGUAGUGGUGAUGGACAACAGGAAUUCGUUGAUCCCCAGAAUGGCAGGCAGGUUCGACGUAGUGACCGUUUUGCCACCACGUUGCGAAAUGAGAUCCAGAUGAGGAGAGCUCAGCUUCAGAAGAGUCGAAGUGCAGCAGUCCUGAGUGGCUCAGCUGAUCCUGAAGAAGAGCCUUCCAUUUGGAAGUCCACAGAUAUCUCUUCACCUUCCUCCGAUGGUUCCUUCCGUGGUGCCUAUAAAGACCAUUUGAAGGAGGCCCAAGCUCGAGUCCUUAAAGCUACUUCUUUCAGGAGGAGGGACUUGGAGCCAGUGCUCCUAGAGCACCCAGGAUCUGAAGUUCUGUCCAUUUCCCGCAAGGAUACACCUUCUCUGCCAAGCGUCUCUGAGGUCCCUUCAAAUAAGCCUGCUUCGGGUACAAACCACGUGCCCCGUAUAUGUGGCCGAAAACGUUUUCCCGUAGAGAAGAAAGUACGGUCCUUCUCUGAGCCUGAAAAAAUUAAUGAGGUUGGUGUUGACGAGGAGCCAAUUCCACAAGAUAAUGACGUAUUUUUAGUCAACAGGCAUAAAGUCUUUGAGGCAACAGGAAAACCUGCUUAUCGCAAACCCAUGUUGAAGCAAAAUCUGCAAAUAUUUGAAGACUCCAGAUUGGACAAGUCUGGAGAAUCGUUUCAGUCUGGACAAAGUGAUAUUACCAAGAAGGUUAGCAACAGUAAGGCAACAGAUAGUGGAUCAAAUUCCUCACAAAGACUGGGCACUUUUGCAGAGUAUGAGGCCACAUGGAACAUACAGAGAAAAGUGGAUCCCAGAACGUCUGGAAGGUACCACUCAGCUGAUAACAUCCUCGAUCCAGCAGUGGAUGAGCAGCAUAAGCCUGCCUAUUUCCAUGAAAGGUCACGCUCCUCUCCCUCAGAGGACUUCUAUGGCCAGAACAUCCCCGUGCAAGGAAGGAAGUCAGCUGAAUACUACCCACCUGAGAGAAAACUCUCUGAUCAUGACAAGUCUGCAUCGAGGUUAAGUGACGGAGGAUACAAGGAUUUAUUGCCCAAGCCGAAUCAAGAACCAGCGCCACUUUUGACAGGAGGCGAGUUUGAGAGAAACGUCUCAGAUCCACCAUUCACUCGUAAAUCUCCUCCACAACCUGCUGGUCCUUCUCAACAUUUCCCCGAUCGUAGCAUCCUCACCGAUCCACCUUCGAACGCAAAAAACAACGGCUCGAUUUCUCCGAGACCUCCUCCGACACGCCUGGACAAGUACAAAUGCCCCGAGGCCGCUGCGCCUCUCUUGACCUCACGGGGCGAAACCUGUGUCUCUCACUCUCCCAUUAAAGACACCCCAAUCCACGCCCCAGUGUCCUGGAAGGACCCGGAGCAUAGCAAGGGUCCAAAAAGAGAGGAGGAGACUCAACUGGAGACCAUACCCCUUCCUCCUCCUUCUUUUCCUCCUCCUCCUCCUCCUCCUCCUCCUGAGCCUCCUGCCCACCUGACUCCACCCAGCAUGGAAGGGCAGCGUUCGCCAUCACCUCACUUCGCUCCCCAGAGACUGACUGACAAGCCCCCUGUCCCUGUCUCCCAGCAGGAUGAAACCACAGGAAGGAUGGACGAGGUGAUUGACGACAGCACCACUGUGAAAAAAGUGCCCAUCAAGAUCGUCCACUCUGAAAGCAGUACAGAGAAAGAAAAUCGACAGUACCUUCACCCAAGCCCCGAGACACCCCUCAGCUCACGGCCCGCAGUCUUGUCUCUGUCCAGUCUGGAAGCCCCAGAGCAAUCCUCCUCUCCAUUUUGCACGUACACACGUCAAAGAGAGCAGGAAAAUGAAGCCAUGGGCCCUCAGAAGGAGCAGCAGCUUCAGACUGAUGUCUCGGGACCUCAGGAGCCACAGAAAGACCCCUGUGUGGAUCAGCGCAGUAACGGAGUCUCCUCGGCCAGCCUCAGUGCUUCCUCUCACUCUGAGGAAGAUGAGAAGAGAGAGGUGUUGGCCAGGGACAUCAUAGACAGAGAUAAGUCCUUGGCGGACAUUUUGGACCAGAGUAAGAGGAGGACCACUAUGGACUUGAUGGAAGGGAUUUUCCCAGAAGGAGAGCAGCUGGUUGAGGAGGCGCACCAACGCAGGAGAGCUGCACCCAAACUGACUCCCUCACGCAGCUCUGAAGAGAGGAGAGAGGAGGAGAGCAUGGCAGCGGUGGCGGCCACAGCAGCUGCUCUGGUGACCAGCUCAGCUUAUUACAGCACGUCGGCUCCCAAAGCAGAGCUGCUUAUUAAAAUGAAGGAUAUGCAGGAGCAGAGUGUAGAGCUCGAAUCAGAAGAGGAACUGGAGGAGGAGAAUGACACUGAGCUCGCCAACAAGAAGCACGAGCUGAUCGAGAGCCUGAGCAAGAAGCUGCAGGUGCUGCGGGAGGCGAGAGAGAGUCUGCAGGAGGACAUGCAGGACAACAACGCUCUGGGCGAGGAGGUCGAGGCCACCGUGCAGGCCGUCUGCAAACCCAACGAGCUGGAGAAAUUCCGCAUGUUCGUCGGGGACCUGGACAAAGUGGUCAGCCUUCUGCUGUCUCUGUCUGGACGACUGGCGCGUGUAGAGAACGCCCUAAACAGCCUGGAGGAGGAUGCACCGCUCGAGGAGAGGCGUACCUUGACGGAGAAGCGCAAGCUGUUGAUCCGGCAGCACGACGACGCCAAGGAGCUGAAGGACAACCUGGACCGGCGAGAACGGGUCGUCUACGACAUCCUGGCCAGCUACCUGCAGGAGGAAAACCUGGCCGACUACGAGCACUUCGUCAAGAUGAAGUCCGCGCUCAUCAUCGAGCAGCGCAAACUGGAGGAUAAGAUCAAACUCGGCGAGGAACAGCUCAAUUGUCUGAUGGACAGUUUACCUCCAGACCAGAGGUCACACUUCUGAGAAAUGGCAAAUGGACUUUACACUCUAAAGUGAUACUGCGUCCAGAUUUCAAAGUCAGAACCGAUCUAAUCAGACUCCGGCAUUGCUGAGACCCUCAUGCUGCCGUUGUUUUCAGAGCUGUACCACUUCUUGACUGUUUUAGAACCACAACUGACUUUGGGCUGCAUCGUUACCGUUCAGUACUGUGAUUAUCGUGAUUAUCGUGAUUAUAAGCCAUGCUGUACUGGAUGAAAUGAAACAUUUUAAAGUGCUUAACAUAACUUGUUAAGACCAUGAAACUGUGUAUCUGACGUAUUACCCCGGCCUCGUCUCAGUUACUCUUUCAGUGUCCAGUGUUUCUGUAAUUUCACUUUUUGACCACUAGUGGGCGGUGGAAGAUGGUUACAUUUGGCUUGCCCACAAGGUACAAAUCACUUUCCACUCAUCCCUUACACUAGCAUACACGUAGAAGACUCUAACAUGACCAUUUACAGCUCGUAUUCCAAACCCUUCUCCCAUAUCGAACUUUUUUCACUAUGGUGCAUUAUUUCCUAUAGCAUCGGUCACUGCCCUUGUCAUGUUUAAAACAAUUUCAUGUUGGGGUUUUUUUUUUUAUAGUAAUUUAUUGUAGACUUUUAAAUCUGUAAAUAAGACCUAGAAUAUGUUAGUAUUUACCCUUUCACUUACUUGGUCUUAGCCAGAAAACAUUCCUUUUAGCUUAAAUGUGGUUUUUAAAAAGGAACGUGUUUAUAUACACAGUAAAGAGUCACGCUGGAAUUAGAGCCACCUCAAAACCUGUUGUUUGUCAAGUAUUUGAGGGACUACCUGAGCAAUACAAUAUUCUCACUGACAAUUGAAUGCUUGUCUAUAAAAUACUGACUGCCUUCUGCUCA